AUGUGUAAAAUUUUCGGAGUUCUAAGCUUGGCUUACGUCGCAGUUUUUGCGUUCGCGAUGGUGAAUUGUGAGGAUGUGUCUGAGAAGGGAUAUUUGGAUUAUCUAAGUAAAGAUAACAGCGUCGGCAGAACGUUUGGCCACAAUGCUCUCAAACGACUGUCCUUCAUCUUCUUACCGGUGAUGUUCACUCUGGGAGUCAUCUCUACUCUGUUAAUGGCGCUGGCCGUGAUAUCAGUCAAAAAUCUUGCUAUUGGUGUCAUGCUUUUAAUUGUAACAGUCAGUCAGGCUGUUUCCCGACUAUUCUCAGCAGCAGCACCUGCUGCACCCUUGGUAUUCCACCCACGCGCUGAGGUCAUCCCACCAGCUCUACCAGCUCCUUGGCCCGUAAAUGGCCCUUUGCUAUCACCCUGGGGUAGAUCCGACAACGAAGCUAUCAUCGAAUAA